AGUUGACCAGAUAUACCACCUGGCCUCUCCAGCCUCCCCUCCAAACUAUAUGUAUAACCCCAUCAAGACCCUGAAGACCAAUACAAUUGGGACACUAAACAUGCUGGGACUUGCCAAGCGAGUUGGUGCUCGUCUGCUGCUGGCCUCCACCUCGGAGGUGUAUGGAGAUCCUGAAGUCCACCCUCAGAGUGAGGAAUACUGGGGCCAUGUGAAUCCAAUAGGACCCCGAGCCUGCUACGAUGAAGGGAAGCGCGUUGCCGAGACCAUGUGCUAUGCCUACAUGAAGCAGGAAGGCGUUGAAGUGCGAGUGGCCAGGAUCUUCAACACCUUUGGGCCACGCAUGCACAUGAAUGAUGGCCGGGUCGUCAGCAACUUCAUCCUGCAGGCGCUGCAGGGCGAGCCGCUUACGGUAU